UAUAGAGAUUUAUUUAUGGUGUAUUAUAUUUAAUUACUUACAUGUACAUGUCUGGGUAGUAUAUGUCGUCAUAAAUUGACCACCACAACACUGUCAUUUUAUACCUUCCAAACAUGUUAUAAUAUACGGAUAUAAGUUAGAGCCAAGAAACGAAAACAUGAACUUACACGGAUAAAUGAAGUUUGUGAUAUCGGCGACAGAUUCAAACCUGUAAAAAUGGACAAACGAAGAAACCGACGGGUUGAGAGGGAUCCUGAUGACGUUAUCGAUAUGGUGGCACGUGCUAAUGUUAAUGAUGAACACUCAGACGUCUUGCCAAAGUUGAUGAAUUCAAAACCUUGUUUAAUGCACGGAAGAGGCAGUGACCGCAAAGAUCUUAUUUAUUCCAGUAAUUAUCAUGCCAAAACUUAUUCUUCACAGAGAUUUAAUACAAAUAAUACUGGCGGUGAUUUGUGUAUAGAUACCACAGAAAUAUGCGAACUUCAUCCACAUAAUAUAAUGCCGACAAAAAGACAAUACCCACGACAGCUUCCAAAAGAACUUCCUUCGAAAGAAUUUGUGAUGUCAUGGCUUAAUCAUGGAUCGGAACCACAAGGAUCGAACCACUUUCCAGAGGUUGUAAAAUCCAAAUCGGCAAAAGCAAAAAAUACGCAACGAUUUACAACCAGUGAAUAAGGGGUUUGUCAUAAAAUAAUGAAUUAUUUGUACAAAGCUGUGAAAGUGUAACAUUGUGGAACAAUUCAUGGGACAACAUUUCAAAUCGUAAUGAAUGCAUAGCUUACAACAAGGCCGACAAGUGUUUAUUGCAUUUUCUAAUAUUUCUGAAGUUUUUAAAAUCAGGUUUUUAUUAUUACAUGACCUGCUGGUAGUUUGUGAAGUUUCGCGUUUGUGUUGCUCUUUCAACGGCAUGUAGGAUAGGCCAGUAAGCGAAUCGUGUGAAUCUAUUUGAAAGUACAUGUAUGAGAUGAAUGAAUGUUGCAAAUAAGAACAGAAUUAGUUGCGCCUUUUUGUUGUGAUUUCUUUACCAUAUAAAGAUAGGCUCUGACAUAAAUCAGAAAUAGUCAAAGUGUGAAAAUUCUGCUCUGCUUGGUAAAUGCCUUUCAACCAAAUUAUUAUUUUUUUCUUUUCCAACAUUUUUACCAUUGCUAUUUAAUAAGCCUAUGUUUUAUGCCAAUUUAUGGAAUAAAAUAUUUCCCGAGGUAAGCCUAUACACACCUAACCCCGCAACUGUACCCCCCAUAUUUGCUCACAAAUUAAAUCUCGGGCAGUUAACCUCUAUGCAGUAUUAUAUUUUAUUCCUUUUGUACAUACCGGUACCGUUUUAUUUAUAAACUUAAUUUAUUAUGCUCAUUGACAGCAGUACGGUCAGACGAAUGUCAAAUUUUACUGAACUUCAAGAUUUAUCUCCCUUCACAUGUUAUAGGUAUUUUGAUUUUAUGUAAACGUUGAUGCAAUAAAAUAAAAUUUAAUAAAAUCUGACCUUAAACGGCAACUAAACUAAAUAUUCCAAUUUAUGGCUCGAUAAAAAUAAUGACAUGUAAAAUUUUUAAUAAGGCCUACAAUAAUA